AAGAAAUUCUAGAUGUUAGUAACAAGGAUUGUGCUCUAGUUUGGGUAACAGUUCAACAUAAGUGGAGAAGAAUUUAAUACCAUUCCAAAUUACCAAGACCUGAUUGUUCUGUACGACCACCAGCAGGUUUAAAACUACGCUGUCAUGACAUCUGUGGAAAUAGAGAACAACGGUGACCCAAAAAAUGAUAACGCAGAGAAUAAGACUGUACCCCAUAUCAGAGACAUCGAAGUACAGACGAAGAGCACCGAGGACGAUUUACAAAAUAAUUACUGCGACGACACAGACAGUGGUGGCAAUGAUCGACGUGAAUCCGGACGAGGACCUCUCGACAGGUUGCAAGUGGUAGUGGAAUGGACUAGCAAAAACAUGCUCCUGGUCCUUACCAUUGCUGGAAUCCUGUUCGGCCUUGCAUUUGGAUUUCUCGGCCGCUUGGCUAAUUUUUCACCGCCGUCUAUAAUGAUUGUUAGUUUUCCAGGAGAGAUUUUGAUGAGACUUCUGAAGAUGUUCAUUUUGCCAUUGAUAGUAUCGUCGCUGAUAGCUGGUAUGGCCCAACUCGAUGCCAAGAGUUCUGGACGAAUGGGUUUUAGAGUGCUAUCCUAUUACAUGGGUACGACUUUCCUGGCCACAAUUGUUGGCAUAGUAAUGGUCCUGAUGAUAAAUCCAGGCGAUCCCAGCAUCAGAACCAGUAUUCCAAAGCUAGAGGCUAAUGUCGUGACUAAAAUAUCAACCCUGGAUGCUAUAUUGGAUAUAUUGAGGAAUAUGGUGCCGGAGAACCUCAUACAAGCUUGCUUCCAACAAGCGCAGACAAUUUACAAAGAAGAAAGUUCCAUGAUUUUUGAUCCGCAUCUAAAAAAGAAGUUUGGCAAGAAUCGCGUAUUCAAGCCAACAUUGGUGUACAGGGAUGGUACUAACGUUAUGGGAAUGAUAAUGUUCUGCCUUGCAUUUGGGCUUCUCGCUGGUCAGAUGGGAGCUAAGGGUCGGCUAAUGGUAGAUUUCUUUGUUGUCCUCAAUGAGAUAACAAUGAAACUAGUGGGGGCUGUUAUGUGGUACUCGCCAUUCGGUAUCGCGUGUCUCAUAGCUGGGAAAAUCAUGUCGAUAGAGAAUUUAUCAGCAACAGCAGAGAUGCUCGGUCUCUACAUGGCCACAGUUAUCGUGGCUCUGAUAAUACAUGCAGUAGUCACACUUCCACUGAUAUUUUGGUUGUUUACACGCUCCAAUCCAGCUGUGUUCUUCCGGGGUAUGAUGCAAGCGUGGGUCACAGCACUUGGAACAGCAUCCAGCGCAGCAACACUGCCUGUGACGUUUCGCUGUCUGGAGGAAAACAACAAAAUUGAUCCAAGAGUCACUCGGUUCGUGGUAUCUGUAGGCGCCACUGUCAACAUGGAUGGCACGGCACUGUACGAAGCUGUGGCCGCGAUAUUCAUCGCACAAAUGAAUGGCAUCCCAUUAGGUAUGGGGGAAAUAAUCACAGUGAGCAUAACGGCAACUUUAGCAAGUGUUGGUGCUGCGAGUAUACCCAGUUCUGCCUUGAUAACAAUGCUCCUCGUCCUUACAGCCCUCGGGCUACCAACCGAUGACGUAUCUCUGCUCUUUACCGUCGACUGGAUACUGGAUCGAAUAAGGACAUCCAUCAAUGUCCUGGGUGAUGGUUAUGGUGCAGGAAUCGUUUACCAUCUCAGUAAGACGGAACUGGAGAAAAUGGAUGUGGAGAGAAAAUUGGACAACCUUGAAACUGGAAUUUCUCCGGGAACCGAAGAAAUUUUUUCCUCCAAAGGUUUACUCCUCGAUUCUGCAGGAAGUGUGGAGAUCCAUAUGUAAAUUAAUCAAUAUUACAUUAGCGAUAAAAUUCUCUUUCAAGUAUAUAGUAUUAUAGAAACAGAUAACGAGAUCUUUAACUUCCCUAAUUAAUUAUCUUCCAAAAUCAAAGAUUUCGCAUAGUACUUUGGUUUAUUGCAUGCACCCUGUACAAAAUUCACAUGAGCAUCAAGAAUUUCUAAUUGUGUUAACAUUAAGUUCGUCGUAUACUUGAUACUCAGGUGUAAGCGACACCAGUCCUAAGUAGGUGAAGAGUAACGGUGUAAAUACAUUUAAAUGUGAAAACAUUUACAAUAAAAAAUUACACUUAUUAUAAAUAAUAA